AUGGGACCAGAUCAACUUGGUGCUGCACAUUUUCAUACUGCUUCAAAACCAUUGAAGGAAAUUGACAUACGUCUUCCGGAAAAUCUUGUUAAGGGAGCUGUAAAAUUAGAUCCGCAUUUAAAAAAAUACUUAGGCGAUGAGUUUCCAGCAGAUUCCAAUACAAACGUCACCUGGGCAUACGUAACUUUUGAUAAGCAGAAUGAAGUUUUAACGGACUUAAUUACACGUCUGAGUAUUGAGCUGAAGCUACCACAGUCGGAGAGGAAUACAUAUGCAUUGAAAUUUGAAGAUCGUGGUAAUGAUGGUGUUUUUCUGACCAAGGAAAAUCGUAGUUUGGUGCCUCAGGGAUUCAUUCUCAUUUUAACUGCAUCUCCGGAGCGUUACGCCCACAAUCUUUUGGCACGUUUACGUAGUUCUUCAGGGGAUCUACGAACAACGCUUGCUGAACUGACUACUUUAUGCGGUGAUGUUUCGUUUGCAACGCAGUUUAUGCGUAUAGGUGGAUAUGAUUAUAUAUUUGAAGUUAUUGAGAAAGGAUUAUGCACAGACAGCGUUUCCUGUCAAUCUCGAUUCUUGCAAGCAUUGCUGAUGUUAAUGGACCAUCCCGGUUUAAUGUAUUGGUCACAAGUUUCGGAUGAAUUCGUUUGCAAAAUAGCAGAAAAUAUUACGGGCAGAGCUAAACAAGAGGAUAAUACCCUGCUGGUUUCCUCACUUAAUAUCAUCGAUCUCAUUUUGAAUUCUAAAAAUGAAGAAAAAAUGAAUCUAGUGUUACGGGAAGUACCAUUCGAAUCGCUUAUACGUCAUCUUGAGAAAUCAGACGAACGAGUUAUUUUGAAUGUUUUAACGUUAAUGAAUUCUUUGUACAACAAGGCCAGGGAUCAUGUAAAAAAUGAUAUCAUAGAGAAUCUCCACGUAACACCUUUUCGUUGUGCAAUUGAAAAAUCGGUGCUGAGGAAAGGAAAACAAUUGGAUGUUGGAAUUGAGCAGCAACUUGUUACAAUACAACGGAUUCAGCUGAAUCAACUAUCUCAAAAAGCUAUGCGUAUUCCUACAGAAGCAGAAAUCGAACGAGUUUUUGUAGUUGUCAGAGAUAUUCAGCAAUUCAAACUUUUCAACGGUGAGGGCGGUAAGGGAAUGCUUGCAUCAGAGGAAAGGCGUGCAGAAUUUUUAAAUUUCACAGAAGCGGUCAUAGGAACUCCACCAGGAUCACUAGCACUAGAAACAAUUCUCUUAUUUGCUACUCAUCAUAGCGAUUCCAUUGCAAAAAUAUCCAUGGAAAAUUCAAUGAGAUCUGAUAGUAGUCUAUGGUCCUUUCUGCCGGUAUCGGUUCAUUUGGUGCAAAUGCUGAUUGAUAUCCUUCAUAUUGUUGAUGAACCUGAAGAAGGUGAUCGGUUAAUGGUUUUAUUGUUCAAAAGUGAUCGACCAUUUUUGGAUCUUUUUGCAGUGCUUGUAAAACUUUUUCAUCGUACAUGGCGUGAAAUGCAUGCAAGUGAAGAAGACAUCAAAAAGGUUUUGGCAGUUGUUCGAAAGCAAAUUGAUGUUUGCUUGCUAGAAAAACCAGACACGAUCGAAAGGUUGGAGGAGUUGCUAGUAGCCCAUUCAUAUCCGCACAUGAAGAAAAUUUGGGAAAAAGAAAGGAGUGCUAAAGAAGCAGAAGAAUUACAAAGUGACGCAGUGAAAGAACUACGAGAGUAUCUUCGACCAAGUAUUGUUGAACUGGUCUUGAAGAAUCGUAAAAACGUGUUAAAAAAUGGCUAUAAAUUUGGGAAGCUAGUAAAAAGCAAACAGAUGCAAAAAGGACAACAAUUCUGGUUUUGGAAAUUGGAUGCAAAUGAAAAGACAUUGAUUUGUACAGAUUGCUCAAGCACAGAAUCCUCAUCAAAUGCAAAUUCUUCUGGAAAUAUAAAAAUAGAUAUUGCUGAUAUACAACGUGUCGUAGCUGGCGGUGAAGGCGAUUUUCCAAUGAGUAGUACAAAGGGAAAGAAAAAUUCAAAUGUACGUGGCAUAACGUUAGAAGUUGGUGAUAAGCCUGAUAUUUAUCAUUUGGUGACUUUUGAUGAGCAAACGAUAAAUGCAUGGUGUGAUGGCAUCAAUGCCCUGAUUGGUGUCGAUAAGCUGUCGAUUCAAGCUCAGCGACAAGUGGAUCGAUUUUUGAAUAUUGAGUUAAAAAUGCGAUUGCUUGAAUUGGAUCACAUUCCAAAUUCAAUCGAAAUACCACCACUACCAAAAAAUUUUGAUUGGAUUCCAAAAAAUGUUUCUGAGGCUAAGAUUUGUAAAACGAAAAUAUAA